AUGAUUAGGGAGAUUAUCCCUCAAUUUCCGGAACCCCAUCAAGCGUCCUGGCGUGGACAAGCUGAAUCGUGGCGUCUGCCCUUCUGGGACUGGGUAUGGAAUGGCCGUAUCCCUGACUUGGCAAAAAACCCUACCAUCACUGUUCCUAGGCCCGAGGGUGGAUCUGUUCGAAUCCACAAUCCUCUGUUCCAGUUUCGGAUGCCUACAGGCAAGCCGAUGCGAAGUGAGGGCGUCGGUACUGAGAACACAAGGGGAAAAGACACAGAACAGGAAGAGUACAAGAAUUUUGGCAAUGCAAUCGGAACCAGCCGUUGGCCGGACGAAGAGGACCAGAAUCCAACCAGUGAGGGCUGGCGGCACGGUGUGGUUAAUAACCGCGAAGUAGCAGAUGCCUUCAACUCUCACGCAGGAUAA